UCUAAAUUGUCUUUUUUCUAUUACAUUCUAAUAUCUCACUUUGGACAAAUGUUUUAAUAUCUCCAAGAGAUGGUAUAAAAUCAAGAGGGAUGGAUUGGAUAAUGACACUGUGAUCUCUUCUUCCAGCUUUAUAAUCCAAUGCAUCUAUUAUAUUUAUUAAAAGAAAAAAUACACACUUAGGAAGCAGCAAGAUGAGGGAAUAAAUCAUAAAAAGUGCUCACAAAAUGUGUGGGCAGAGAAGUGGCAAAUGAUCCUCAAUUGAGCAAAUAAAUAUAUGGUAAUGUAUUUAGGGAAAACUUUUGAUCUACAUUUAAGGAAUGAUAAUAAAGGACAGGAGUGCCCUUGACAGGCAGGGAGGGCUGGGCUGUGCAUCCCUCUGCUCGCGCUGCAGGGAAAUGUCUCAGUGACUUUUCCUGAGGAGGUUCCUGGCCUCGGUCGUCUCCAGGAAGCCCUCUCAGGAUCGGUGGCCACCUCUCACUUCCGGAGCCCUGCAGACCCCACAGUGCAGUUCUGGUGGCCUGGCUGUAACACCCAACUCAGCCCAGACAAUAUACACUACCAGGAUCUCCUCGAUGACUGUUAAUAUCCAAGAUGGACCUGACUUUCAAGACAACAGUGAGAUGCCAAUGCCUGUGGAUUUCCACGCACAGUGGUGUGGACCCUGCAAGAUCCUGGGGCUGAGGUUAGAGAAGAUGGUGGUCAAGCAGCAUAGGAAAGUGCUGAUGGCCAAGGUGGAUAUUGAUGACCACACAGACCUCGCCAUUGAGUAUGAGGUGUCAGCGGUGCCCACUGUGCUGGCCAUGAAGAAUGGGGAUGUGGUGGACAAGUUUGUGGGCAUCAAAGAUGAGGAUCACCUGGAGGCCUUCCUGAAGAAGCUGAUUGGCUGCCAAGCAAGGACAAGUCCUGGUUCCCUUGCCCCUGUGGGACCCCAGUAGAACUCGGCCCUUCCUGCUGCCUCCCUCCUGUCUGGCCCCUGGGGCCCAGGCUCUACCCAUGAGUGCUUCCGAGCUGGCGGACUGCCCAGGGGCCAUCAGAGGAUGGUGCUGCUGCUGAUCCAGGGACUGCCUUCUUCCCUCCCACAUGCCUUUCGUCCCCUCCCUCUAGGGCCUGUGGCAGUUCUCUCAAGAUGCAGAGAGAGCUCAAGAGCUCAGGCCAGCCCACAGCACUUCUGGUUAGGCAGCCACACCUUGGUUCUCA